UUGUCCACAGCGCCCCCUACAGUGCGCAUCGUGCACUCAGGUAAGGCCUGUAACGUGGAGGAGGAGCGCUACAGUGAGCGAGUCUACACCAUCAAAGAGGAGGAGACUCUGGAGCUGCAGUGUCUGGUGACUGGACACCCCCGACCACAGAUUCGUUGGACGAAGACGGCGGGCGGAGCUUCGGAUCGUCAGGGCGACCCGACGCUGCAGAACGAAACUCUGAAGAUCACGAACAUCAGCCGUCACCAGGGGGGGCGCUACUACUGCAAGGCUGAGAACGGACUGGGGUCCCCCGCCAUCCGGUCCAUACGGGUCGACGUCUACUUCCUGGAUGACCCUAUGAUCACGGUGCAUCAGAGCGUGGGUGAAUCGAAGGAGCAUUUCUACUUUGAGCGCACGGUGUUCCUGCGCUGCGUGGCGACCUCUAACCCCCCGGUGCACUACAGCUGGAGGAGGGGCCGGGAGGCGCUGACGCAGGGCUCCGACGCCGGGGUGGAGAUCUACGAGCCCUUCUUCACUCAGUUCCUCCCAACGUUGAGCCGGAGUACACAGAGAUCCGGCAGGCUCUGGGCCGUGCGUUCAGCCUCACCUGCCGCCUGCUGAGAGCCCACCCUGCGCGCCUCCUCCGGUACGAGUGGAAGCUGGGGUCCCGCCUCCUCACCGUGGGACAGUUCAGCGAGCAGCGCGACGACACCAGCUACCAGGUCAAAGCUCUGAACCGCGAGGGCUACGGAGAGUACACCUGUGACAUCACCAACGAGGCCGGGGCGGGCCGCUGCACCUUCCUGGUCACAGGGAAGGCCCACGCUCCGGAGUUUUACUACGACACGUACAGCGCUCUGUGGCAGAACCGGCCUCGGGUCUACGGCUUCAAGCUGCAGUGGACCCAGAUGGAGCCCGGCACCGUGGACCGGAUCCUGGCCUACAGACUCGGCAUCAGACAGAUGACUCAGUCCCGCUGGUGGGAGCAGGAGAUUCCCAUAGAGGGAAACGUCCAGAAGGGAGAGCUGCUGACCUACAACCUGACUGAACUCAUCAAACCUGAGUCCUACCUGGUGCGCCUCACCCCCAUCACCCGCUACGGAGAGGGCGACGCCACUGAGCGCAUCAUCACCUACAGCGCUCCUGUUAACCCACAUCUCAGGGAGUUCCAGUGUGGCUUCGAGGACGAGGCGGUGUGUUUGUUUUCUCAGGACAAAACGGAUGUGUUCGACUGGACGCGUCACAGCGCCGCCACGCGAGACAGCAAAUACACACCGAACACCGGACCCAGCACCGACCACGCCGGCACCAAGACGGGUUUCUACAUGUACAUCGAGACGUCGAGGCCGAGGCUGGAGGGGGACGCGGCCCGGCUGCUGUCUCCCACCUUCAACAUGAACUCCAAAACCUCCUCCUCCUCCCCGGUCACCACCAACCCCACCUACUGCUUCUCCUUCUACUACCACAUGUACGGGAAACACAUCGGAGCUCUGAACGUCUUUCUGCGCCAGAAGACUCAGACGGUGACGGACACAUCCGUCUGGAGUCUGACGGGUAACCAAGGAGACCGCUGGCGACGAGCCAAGGUCAACAUCCACCCAACUGCACCUUUCCAGAUGGUGAUGGAGGGAGUCCGAGGCGCAGGCAUCGAGGGAGAUAUCGCCAUCGAUGAUGUAACCAUCGAGGAGGGCGAAUGUAAAGACCCUCCCCCAAACAAUCUAAGGUCGCUUGCCCCUCCCUCAUCACCCCAUAUAUGGCAGCUGUGCAUCACUCUGAGUCUGGCUCUGAUUGGCCGGCAGAGGUGACCCCCCCUCUCUACAGGACGCCACAUCAUUUGACUCUUCUUACCCUCCCUUCAAUCCCAUCAUCCCCCAUCAUUAAAACACCCCCCCCCCCCCCCCCCCCCCCCCCCCCCCCAACUACCAAAGAUAAGGUCAGAGCUUCAGAGAGAGCUGGCACAAAAGGUCAGGAGGUCACAUGGAGACACGUCAGGUUAGCUGCUCCUAAAUGCUUUCACUCUUUAUGCUAAGCUAACAACAUCCUGACUCUAGACACUUAACUCAGACAGCCAGAGAAUAAGUUAACUUACUAAAAUAUCAAACUUUUAACUUUCAAUAUAAUUCAAAAACUUGUGCUUUUUGAAAGAGUUCCUUUUAUACUUUUGGGAGUUUUCCCUUUCCUGUAGUUUGUUAUAUAGGUUUCUGUGCAUUUAAAUGGUCUUCAAAGGCUAAAAUCCCUGUGUUCCCUCAGAGAGAGCUACUGAUAUUACAGCGCAAACACACCCAUGACGUUUUGCAGCUUAGUGCAAUUAUUCAUGUGGAAGAGUAUACAUGUUGCCUUUGUUCCAAGACAGUAGGCAGAAAAAAUGGCAGAGAUAAAGAAAAAUGAAAGCUACAGGUCCUGAUGAGUUGCAGAGUUAUACCUCAAAACUACUGUGUUAUUUGUGCAUUCCCCCCUGACUGAGUGUUAAAACAAUAAGAAAUAGUUUGUAAAAAAGUAGAAUAGCUGCCAAUCCUCCAACAGCAUUUUAAGAACAUUGUUUUCAAAGCAACUUCUGAAAAUCACUUAUUUGGUAUUUCACCUUGAUCCGGUUUCUCCUGUGAUAAUUGAUGACCUUUGGUUUCAGCUCAGCGUCACAAAGCACAGAAAAACAGGCGCUUCAGUCGGAAAAAAGAGGAAAUAACAGCUUGAAUGUCAACCUUCCUAAACACCCACCAUCAUACCACCCCACUCAUGCCUCCCCCCUCCUUACUCCUUACCCUUCUACAGAUCAACAGUACUGUAACACAAGCUGGACGGACGAACUGCAUCUCUCUGUUUUUGCGGGGGAAGUUGACUUUUUUUCAGUGGGAGGUUACGACAGUAUUUUAAAAAACAAAAGAACUUGAAGAUGUUAUUUUGACGUCUGUCUGUCUGAGGAGGAGUUCCCUCUCUGCCACGACAUCAAGUGCCUUCAGACUCGCAGAGUAAAAGAACGCAGAAAAAAUAUAACCGAAAAAACAAGAGACCGUCGGACAUCGUUAUGUCUUAAUGGCCAAGAAGAAGAAAACAACCAAUUCAUAUUUCUUGGUCUAAUUAUGCAGAGAAUUAGUUUCUUACAGAUUUUUUUUUCUUUUAUUGAGAUGAAAAUGUUUAUGACGACGAGGAUUCUGGGAAAACAGAAGCCAUUUUCGAUGGCGUAUAGAAGAGGCAGCAACAAAGACACAAAGGGACGCAAAUAGACUAAUACGGACAUGAAGCUCCUUUGAUUUAUUUAACGAUUUAAAGAACAACCCUGCAAUCAUAAUCUGAGGAUCUGUGACUGGAUAUUUCAAAAUACAAGACAACCUGCUCGGACGAUUUCAAGCCUGAAGCCAAUGGGAUUUCUCUCUGAACUAUUUUAGUAUUUCAAAAUAACAGAUUUCAGAAAGAGGCGGAGACUUUGACUCUACCUGAAAUCAUCACUUAUAUUAAUCUACAAAAACUGGAGCCGGAGUUUUUGGAAGAAGGAGAAUGAAACAUGUAUUGUAAAAUCAAAUCUUAUAUUGUUCCUAUAAUAUUAUGAAGACAGGGGGAAUCUUUACACGUUUUAUGUACUUCAUUUUUGUUUUGUUUCAACAAGGGUGGGAUCUUAAAUUGAAGUUUAUUUUUUUGUGGAAAGACUGAAGGAAAAUUUGGAAGAUUGAAAACCCAGGUGCAGUAUUUUUUGUUUUGUUAGUUAAUGGUUUGAGAUUUAAUCAACGUUUUGCUGAUAAAACAUUUCUACUACAAACCAAAAUCCAUCGUGAGAAUUCAUCGAAAAAAGCACAAAAAUACAUAAAUGUUUGUUAGUUAAACAGUUUACGCAUCAAAACACACCUUUAUGGAAAUCAUCAGAUCUGCAUCUUAGGUAUUAUUAAGAAGCUCAUUUCUGCCAAAAAAGACAAACAGGUAUAAAAAGUUUGGAGGCUGAGAAUUAUAAAGAUUCAUUGUAAAUAAUCCCAAAUCUAAAAGACCGAAAAAUUGCAAACUCUUGCCUAGCUUUUAGUUUUUUUGUAAUAAUUUAGGCUUAAUUCUCAAAGGACUGACUAGAAAUGAUUACAGUUGAUUUACUUUCCCUUCGUAAUGGAGUUAAAGGUUCUGAUGACAUGUAUUGUAACUUUUGCUGAACUUAUAAAUUCAUCUUUAUGACUCAAUAGCUCAUAUUUUAUUAACAGUCUUUUACCAUUCCUAACAUUUUAUCAUUAUUUGUUAUAUUUUUUGUGGCAGAAAGGGGCUUAUGUACUUACUGAAAAAACCACACAACUGCCAUUUUGAUUAAAGUGGUUUCACAACAUAUGUUAGAAAAUAAUUUUAACUUGAAAAGACAUUUAAAGACAUGUUUUUCAGCAUCAUUUGGUUCAUUUAUGCAACAAAAUUCUGAAUGAAACAGAAAAUGUGGGUCUGUUAUUUGAUAUAAUUGAAUAUCAGUCAAUUUGAUUAACUCACAGUGGAUUUCACAAAGUGUUUAGGAUUCGCUGUGUCUUUAAAAUUGACUUUCUUAAGAAAAAACCCCAGUUUGUAAUGUUUGUACUUAAGAAUAAUGCUGAUUCAUCACUUACAUCUCAGCCACUGUUACCCUCACAUUAGACUUUGAUGCGUUUAACAGAGGAUUUAUUAGAUAACUCAUACUCUCGGAUAAACAUCAUUUCUUUUUAAUGUUAUGCUGAUUUUUCUUUCAUCCCUGUGGCGACACUUUUCUUCUCUAUUUGUUUUUCCACUGCAGCUAAUAAUCUGAUUUGUAUUAUAGCUCCUCUGGGUGUCAGUUUAUCCUCCUCUGCAUCAUUAUCACAUUAACUCUGUUUAUGUGGCAUCCCUGGAGAUGAUUAGUCGCAUCUGAUUUUAGCACAAAUGGGUUUAUUUCUUUAAAUAACGGGGUCCAAACAAAGAUGGCAGCCAACAACUGAUCAUUGUUUCGGUAGACUUUUGUGUUUGUUAUGGAUCCCAUUGAGAAAUCAGAUACUUAAAUACAAUGCUAGAAAAGUAUAUUAUAGCACAUUGGCAGUGACAUUUACUGUCUCCUAUUUAGAGACCACAUUUCCCAGAAGUCCUGUUCUAUAAAACACACUUUUUGCAUCAAUUUUUGCUGUAAGAAUUUUCCCAUAUCGAUCUUUGAAAUCAGUUGAGUCACUCAGGCUCUCAAGUAAAGCAUAAAUUGAGACCUGUGUUACAAAACCGUUAAAUGUUCCGUCCAUAUGAUAAUAGUUGUCUUGCCUCGUCAAAGACUAUGCUGCAGUGGAGAAACUCUUCCUCAUUUAUUACCCUGGGGUUAUAUGUUAUAUUUGCAUUUUGGGGGGGAUGGUGUGAGGUGCAAUACAAUAACAACUUUAAAAAAGCCACCAACACGUGUGGACGUGUGAAGAAAGAUAUUUUUAUAACUGUGAUUAUUCUCUGCAAUAUAUUCUCAGAUCAGUUAGAAUGACUGAAGGUUACACUGCAUUCUGGUUAUUAUUAUUAUGAUUAUUAUUAAUAAUAAAAAUACACUCCAAAUGUAA